AUGGAUAAAUUCAAGGCUGCGCUCGUACUGGCAGGGGUAGGGGAUGCUCUGGGAUACCGAAAUUUCUCCCGAGAAAACAAUGCUUUAGGUGCAAAGAUCCAGCAGGAGCUGAAGGAAAUCGGGGGGCUUGAGAACCUGGUGCUCUCUUCGGACAAGUGGCCGGUGAGCGACAACACCCUCAUGCACAUGGCCACGGCGGAGGCCGUCGUCACAGGUUCUGGAUUUGGAGCAUCUACAAAAGCCAUGUGUUUAGGGAUGAGAUACUGGAAGCCAGAAAGGUUAGAAUCGCUCAUUGAAGUGAGCAUUGAGUGUGGACGAAUGACUCACAACCAUCCUACAGGCUUUCUAGGGUCCCUCUGCACAGCUCUCUUUGUGUCGUAUGCAAUACAAGGAAAACCCCUUGUGCAAUGGGGAAGAGAGAUGAUGAAGGUUGUGCCAAUGGCUGAGGAAUAUUGCAAGAAGACCAUUCGACACAUGGCAGAAUAUCAGGAGCACUGGUUUUACUUUGAAGCCAAGUGGCAGUUUUAUUUGGAGGAGAGAGAAAUCAAUGAGGAAAAUCAGAACAAACCUGUCUUUCCGGACAACUAUGAUGCAGAGGAGAGAGAAAAGACCUACAGACGGUGGAGCUCUGAAGGCCGGGGGGGCCGAAGGGGCCACGACGCCCCCAUGAUCGCCUACGACGCCCUGCUGGGAUGCGGCGGCGACUGGACCGAGCUCUGCAACCGCUCCAUGUUCCACGGAGGUGAAAGUGCAGCUACGGGAUCUAUUGCUGGUUGCUUGUAUGGAUUGGUUUAUGGCCUGAGCAAGGUUCCCAAAGGCUUGUACCAGGACCUUGAACAAAGGGAAAGGCUAGAGUACUUGGGCGAGAAUCUUUACCGACUAUCCGCAGAGGAAAAGUAAAGCAGUUUCUGCCAUUUUCUCUUUCUAUAAAGACUAUGUCAAACCUUGKAGAUAACUGACUGGCUUUAAUAUUGAAGGGUAGGCCGAG